GAACACAACGCGUUUUCAGAGGCAUCCCUCCUCACCGCCGCAAGAACAUAAUAAGCAUAUAGAGUUACGGUAGCCUUAUUUUUUUUAUUAUAACGGAACCAGAUUCGAUUAGGCUAUUUCAUUUUUUUCCGAGUGUCAUAUUAAACGAAACCUCAGAUUCAUCCACAAAGCCACUAGCCUAUCCUCAAGAAUGUGGAACGAUUCAGAGCCACUGACUGGAUGCGGGAUGGGACACAGCAUGAACAUUUGCCUCACUACAAUCUACACAUUGAUGUGUUUGUUCGGGACAACGUUAAACCUUCUGGUGAUAUACCUGGUCUUGUCUUUUAAAAAACUCAGGACUUGCAGCAAUGCUUUCAUUGUGAACGGCUGCGUUGCUGAUCUUUUGGUGUGCGCGUUUUGGAUGCCUCACGAGGCUGUGUUUAUAUCCACUGGAGCACCAUCCGCGGUCGGGUACCACGCUUUUAAAGAAGCUGUUCUGUUUCUUGGAAUCACGGUCUCUCUUCUCUCCCACUCCCUCAUUGCAGUCAACAGAUACGUGUUGAUUACAAAGGUUCCUGCAACAUACAUGUCGCUAUAUCAAAAAAGACACACAGAGUGGAUGAUAUGCGCUUCGUGGCUUAUAUCGCUCGGAUGUUUGCUGCCAUGGCUCUCAUCCCCUCUUUACCCAAACGAAAGAUGCUUAGAUCUACAGGUUGCAACAUCCUUCACGAGAAGAUCCGUACUGUCUAACCCUUUUGCGGCGGGUACCUUAGCACUCACCAUUUUUGUCCAUACUGUGGUUGUCUUGUAUUGCUAUUUUAAAAUAUUUCGUAGAGUGCAGAUCAGCGUGAAGAGAGUUAGCAUAUUAAAUUUUCAAAUUGUGAACAAUCUUCCCUACUCCUUUCCAAGGAGGGACAAGCGCCUUGGGGUUUACAUGUUGGCUGUGUGUUGUAUCUUUCUGCUCACUACCGAACCACUCUUCUGGGUUUUAUUUGUGGGUCUUUCAGUAACAUUGCCCAUAGCAGUUCGUACAGCUACAUGGAUGGUCUUCUGCGCCCUAUUCGCAUUGAAUCCGUUUCUCUACACGUGGAAGAACGAAGAAUUUCGGAAGUCUUUCAGAUCGGUUGUAAGAGGAGAAUUAUGGAGAGGAUCGACGGUUGGUGUCGAGCCGGUCACGAUCAACACAAUCUCUCAUCUAUUACCGAGACAGAACAGCAGAAGAACCUUCCUUGGCGAAGUGAGCUGAACUGUGACUACCUCACCGGUCAAAUAUUUGUUUGUAAUAGACAUAUACUGUAUACACCUGGCCUUAAAACCCGUAAAACCUGAUUAUGUUGAUACUACGAGUUAGGAGUUAAUAAAAAAUCUACCUACUUUUUUCCGCUGAAAAAUAUAGUGCUUUUAAUAGUUUCAACUCUUCCAACUUGGAAUUGAAUAGAGUCGGGUUAUUCGUGAGAAAUCGUGCCUUAGAGGAGUUUCUUCUCCUCGAUUUCUUUCAGUUGCGUAUAUAAAUCUCAGAAGUGGAAAGUGGUCAAAUGUGUUGCAGUAGGCUACGCUGAGGAAAAGGUGUACAUGCCCAAGAUGGGAGGAAUGUUGCAGGAUGGAGGAGACACACCCGUGAAAAGUACAUGUCUUGCAACUAUUUAUUGUAACUAUAGUGCUUUAAUGUAAAAUGACAACAUGGAUAUUAUAUGGUAAAUAUAAUGCAAAAGUAUUCUUUAUAACUCCUGAAUGUUUUUGCUUUUUUGCUGACAAUCCUGUACCUUAUCCAUGUUCAUUCCUUGACCUGUGGCUUUUUAGCAUUUUAUUUUGCACCAAAGGUGUAAUAUAUUUCAUAUUGUUCUGGUUAAUUAAAAUAUUUCUCGGAGUGCGUUCGUGAUGGCAUUAAAUAUUACAUGGCUGAUACUCCCAGCAGUUUAUUUGGGUAGUUUUCAUUAUGAUGAAAUUCAAAUAAUACAAGGACAAGCGAUGCGUUGCAGGUUAAUAUUUAGGCAUGAUUUGCUGACAAUGUGUUGUUCGUCAAUAUUUAUUUUGUCCAUCAUUUGAGGAAGCCUGACACCAACUCGAAAGUUUUUGUGUGCUUUUCAAAAGCCAAUCAUUUGCUGCUAAUAAUUUUUUUCCUUGCAAAAGUGAAAUAAAGUGAAAACAAGUGAUUAAAACACUCUGGACUGCUAUGAACAGCACGUUUAUUUCCCAGUGUUAUGACACUGCAGGGAAUGAUUGCCAAGUCACGUGCGAUUUAAUGCCAAAUAAAUGUAUGAGGACGAACCUAAGCAUCGAGCGCGAUUCUGAAUGGAAACCAUAGUUUAUGAAUACAGAUUAAUCAGUAAUUGGUUACCAUCUUUUAAGUUCUAGAUUUAUAACCGUCCAUGUGUUUUGCAGAAGAUCUGAAGGUUUCAUAAGUAUUUAUUGGACUGAAAACACAUGAUGUCUAUUUUAUUUUCCAUUGCAACAGCAUUUGUGACCUCCCUUGAGUCUCUUUUUGUGAAGGAGUCGAAUGUUUCAUAACUAUACAACAAAUGACCAUUGUUUUAUUACAAUAGGCUCGAGUUAUUUGGAGAUGAAACAGACAUAAUUACAGUUGCAUAAUUUCAGAACCAUUUGCUUGAGUUGUAUCUGUAUUUCAAGUUCACAGAUUAAAAGUAUUUUAUGUAA